AUGAGGACGAAACAGAAGCGACGAGUGUGCAUCCUUCUACCCAACAAGCAGCAUCUGGACUGUACUGUGAGGGUGAAAGCCAGAGGCCAUGAGGUGUUGAACAGUGUGUUGAAGCAGCUUGGCGUCAGUGACCUCCUAGUCUUCAGCCUGGCUGUUCUCCGAGAUAAUGAAUAUCUCUUCCUUGAUUUGGACCAAAAGCUGAGCAAGUACUUUGGCAAAAGAUGGAACAGAGUCUCAGCAACAGUCCCAUUCAUCGUAUUUUUGAGGGUGCAGUAUUAUGUAGAGAAUGGGCAGCUAAUAUUGGGCAGCAAGGUACGGCAGCUCUACUACGCUGAGCUGAGGCAGAAGGUGCUGCGCUCACAGAGCCGCCAUCAGGAAGCUUUGUUCUUCCAGCUGGCAGCUUCUGCCCUUCAAGCAGAAGUCGGAGAUCUGGAGCAGAGAGAGGGGAAUGAAGAAGAGGGGAGAAAACACAGACGUUACUUUCUUCCCGAAGAUUACUUCCCUUCCUGGCUGAUAAAGCGUCGUGGGCGAGAGUACCUGCUCCUGCACUGCCCCGUGUUGCACGGUGAGCUGAGAGGUGUGUCACGCAGCCAAGCUAUCCUGCAGUUUAUUAAAGAGGCCAGCAGCCUGCAGGACGGACCGGUCACCUUCUACAGGAUGAGACAGGAGAAAAAAGAGCUGAAAAGUUCAAUCCUUCUUGGUGUGGCAGUGAAAGGAGUCCAUAUUUAUCAGGGGGUGGAAGGGAAACUGUGUCUAUUGUACGAUUUUUCCUGGACCGAUAUUGACCGCUUCACUUUCCGGGGCAGCAGGUUUGAAAUCGCUGCAGUGGGCUCUCUGUGCCUGCCUAAGCUGGUGCAUUACACUCAUUCAGCCUUCCACUCCAAACACGUCCUGAAGCACCUCAGUGACAGUCACCGGCGCCACAUCGACACCAGAGAUGCAGUCAACUACAUCCGACAGCUGGAAGACAUGCAGCCCAGUGGGGUCUACAAAGAGGCCUACAUCUGUGACACUGCGCGCUUAAGACAGAGACUUCAAAGCAGCAGCCUCACAUCCUCCAUGUCCGGCUGCAGUGUUGCUGCGGGAACCAGCACAGCCUGGUCCAAAGAGGAGGAGGAGGAGGACCUUGCCACGUUGACACACUUUCUGCUCGUGUUGUCUGUGUUUAUGUUUACCGUGGCAGGGUUUGAGUUGUGCAUUGAUGACCCAGAGGAGGUUUUUGUUGACAACCCGGCUGAGGUGUCCUGGCUAGCUGAGCUGGUCCACGGUGUGUCUGUCGAUGGACCCCUAGUGUUACCCUCUUGUUGGGCAGCUGUCACCAUGGAAAUGAAACAGGUUCUGAGGAGGAGAGCUGAUGAAGGGGUUUCUGUGGACUAAUGUACAGCCAGAGGCAAGGGGGACUUAUUACACGUUCUGCGGCUCAGGACAAGACCCCUAAGAUUACUGCCCUGACGCACACAUUGCUUUUCAGAUCAGUAAUCAUAGCCGUGACCAAUUCUGUACCUAAUGUAUAAAUCAUGCUAAUAAUUACUGUAUAGUUUCAGUGCAACAUUAGCUCUAAUAAAUUCCUUUAACAUCCUGUGUGUAAGUGUUAAUUAAAAAGAAAAUGAAAAAUAGCACAUAUUUUUAAAGUUUUAAUAGUUUUCUGCUUCCUUGAUGUUUAGAUUAUAUUUGUGUUUUGUUUGAAAUCUAAUUCAAAGACGGAAAUUAUGGGAUUCUUUUACUAAAUUUAACUUACGUGUAUGAAAUUCACCGAAUAAUAUACAGUGGUUCAGCUUUACUAUGUAGAUUGGUUUACUCUUAUCCUCAAUAUUGUUUGUGAGAAAAAUUAAAUAGUAUGCUGUCAAAACAAAGGGGAAUCAGAAUCAAUAUGAAACACAAUGAACAAGAUCUGGUGUAAUAAAUACAAUUCCAGCUUCUUUCUUGUCUUUCGUUAUCAGCAAAUAGCUGCUAGAUACCGUACAAGGUUCAUCACAAAUGUGAUUGGAAAUUAUACAAAUUAUAUAAAUGAAGAAUAAAUAUGAAUCUAAUACCAUUAAUGUUAAAAACGUUUUUUUCUUUUGGAAGUUUAUUCUUGACUUUACUCAGUAAUAUAUGAAGUCAUAAGUGGGGCUUGAGUUGUUAAUAUUGUCAGAUUACAAUUUAUUUUUGUUUAGCUGUUCUGUAGGUUUUUUCUUUUACUUUAUUGAAAACAAUCAUCAACAUUACAUUUUUAAAAUAAAUGAAUAUAUAUAGAUAAAGAUGUACAGUAGUUUCAGCCAAAACAUGUAUAGAUUUUUCUCAUCCGUCCAUUCUAUGUACUUGGGGUUCACCAAUAUUUAUACAUAGUUGCACAUUCAUCUCGAUUGUUGUUGUUUUUUCAAAAUA